UCUCGCGGCGGCCUCCAGCAACAUGACGCUGUCACUGAAGAAGAUGUGCCUCUUGCUGCUGGUGUGUCUGGUUUGGUGACGCAGCCAUUCCUUCUCUCGCUGUCUCCAGACCUUGAGCUGCUGCAGUCGCCUGUGCCUGGCCAGAUGCAGUCGCUCUUGUGUGGUGAGCCUCUCGACGUGCACCAUCUCUGACACCAGAUCAGCAUGCUCCAUGGUUAAGUACUUGUGGUUUUUGCAGCUAUAUUUACCUGCAAACAAUAAUAAAUAUUAAAAUCAAAUCAUCAAGACAUUCUUACAACUUCUCAAGAAAAUAAAAUAAUAUGUCAAAGUAAUGGACCAAAAUUAUGGGUCGACAGAUUUGUGAAUAAAACUCUUGAGGAUGCAGAGAAGAAAUACAAAUAAAAUUGGAUGGGAACCGAUUCAUUAUACCUUUUUGUCUGCACCGUAGAGAUUUCAUCUUGGUGUACCUUAAGAUUUUGUGUAAGAAGCCGAAAAUCAUACUUUUAGAAAAACAGUGAAGAAGAGAGAGCAAUUGCGUUGGCUUGUUCCCAACUGUGGCAUGAUAAUGAAGAGGAUAGCGUGUUUCUGCUCCCCUCUGGACUUUAUCUGCUGCUAGGCAGACAAGUAAGCCUUGCGACAAUAUUUGCACAAGUGUUCUGAUGAAUAAAAAGUCCCUGUGCACAUGUAAUCAAGCGCCAUCAGUUUGAAUCUGCCUCUGAGAGGGCCAAAAGCAGGGCUUCACAAGUUACCAGAAUGUUCAAAAAAUUUAGAGUAACGACCCCCUAAAACGAUACCCCAGCGCGGCAAAUGGCCACCGCGAAGACCGAAUCGAAGAUGCACUUGGCAGUGGUGUCCGGACUCUUCGCGACCAGCGGAGGUGUUUUGGGCAAACUCGCCGGAUUUUACGAGAUGUCGGAUUUCUGGAGUCUGAUGGCAAAAGUGAUACUGCUCCUGGCAAUGGUGACGAGCAACACUAUCGGCUGCACGCUGUUCGUCAAGGCGCUCGCGGGCUCGGGCUCAUCGCUCCCGGCCACCGUCGCAAGCUCCACCGUCAACUACUUCUGUUCCGCACUGGUGGGCCAGCUGGUCUUCGGCGAGUCGACGUCGUUGCGCUGGUGGUGCGGCACCUCGAUAGUACUGCUCGGGCUGCUGCUCAUCUGCUACUCGCCGGCCUCCUCCGAGCAACGCCGCCAGAAGGAGGAACGCAAGCGGCAGUAAAUUGCGCGCACGCGGACUAUCCGCCGCUGCGCUGCUCUGUAUCGCUGCUGGCUAUGUGUAUAGGCGUAUAUACUCUGUGUACACUGACUCGAGAGAGAGAGAGAGCUCUAGCGUUGCGGACCAGUUUGAAGAUUAAUUUCAUCGUGUAAUGGAGCCAUUCGUUCUUCCGAGUAUUAUGUACUGUAUAUAUAGCGUUGAAAAAAAUCUUCCCGUGUAUAGUAUAAGAAAUUUAUGCGAGAUACUGGAAGCGGAUUAUUAGGAGGUAUACGUUCACGUGUGUAUUAUGUAUAAAGUAUACAGUGGAUGCAAGUGCGGUAUAUACAUUCUCGGCGAGCUAGUUUGGCGGGAUUUUACGGUUGAGCGCUGCGCGGAAUUGGGUCUCUCCUCGCUGCGAGAAAUUUUUCUUUUUCCCGCGAUUCGGAUGGAGAAUAUAAAUAAGCCGAUACGCUUAGCUUAUUUUGAGUAGGUGAAUUUUAAAAAAUACCGUGUGCACGGUAAAUGGAGCUUUUAUUGUACUUUUUUAAAAUCUGACGAAACGCACCGAUCUUUCUUGCGAACAUCGAUCGAGGCUAUGCCAAAGUUCUUCAUAGAUAAAAAAAGGUUGUCUAUGGAUCAACAUUUUCGAGACGAUACAUCGCGGCGACCAAGUAGGUCGUGUGCCGCGAAAACAUUUAUAACGCGCGUACGGGCGUGUAUUUUUGUAAUUUAACGUAAUCCUGCUUGAAAAAUAAACGCUGUAAACUUUUAA